GGCUCUCGCCUGCACAAAGAAACCGUUUCUGGAGAAAUCAACGAGAGAAAUAGAGCUUCAUCUUGAACUUGUUCUUCGUUUUUGACUAGGAAUUGUUAGGUUAAAUUACUAAUUUUCUUGGCAAAAUCCUGCGGCGCGGAGUUCUUCAUAUCGAAGUUUCUGGCAAAGUCACAGCGAUUUGGUUUUAGGGCAAGAAAACUACUCGAGAGGCUUUUCAGUUCCCUUUUGCACUGAGACAUGGGUAGCAAUGAAGAAGGAAAGUCCUCAAAGUCUGAGAAAUCAUCGCCAUCUGCACCUGAGCAGAGCAAUGUUCAUGUGUAUCCUGAUUGGGGAGCGAUGCAGGCAUAUUAUGGCCCUAGAGUUGUCAUUCCUCCGUAUUACAACUCAACCGUGGCACCGGGUCAUGCCCCACCGCCUUAUAUCUGGGCCCCUCCAUCGCCGAUGAUGGCACCUUAUGGGGCACCAUAUCCAGCAUUUUGCCCUCCUGGUGGAGUUUAUGCUCAUCCUGGGAUUCCUAUGACGCAAGGUCCAACUGUCCAAGCUUCACCUGCGCCUGCUGCAACAGCUCCUUUGAGCAUGGAUACUCCAAAAAAAACUCCAGGGAAUACAGAUCAAGGGUUCAUGAAGAAAUUGAAAGAAUUUGAUGGACUUGCAAUGUCAGUAGGCAAUGACAAAGUUGAGAGGUCUGAACAAGAUGAACCUAGGACUUCCCAGAGCUCAGAGAACGAAGGUUCUAGCAAUGGAAGUUAUAGCAAUACAACUGGGGGUGAACAAUCCAAAAGGAAAAGGAGCCUAGAAGGAACAUCGGCAAUGGAUGGAGGGCCUCCGACACAGGUGAACCCACUUUCUACCAGAGAGUCGAUGAAUGGAAAACCCACAGCCACUAUGGUGCGUCCUGUUAUGCACACAUCAUUAGAGCUCCAAGGUUCUUCUGGCAUGAAUGGAGCCAUACAGCCUUGCACAGUCAUACCCCCCGAAGUAUGGUUACAGGAGAAGAAGCGGGAGAGGAGGAAACAAUCCAACAGAGAAUCUGCGAGGAGGUCAAGGUUGAGAAAGCAGGCGGAGGCGGAAGAACUAGCCCGUAAAGUUGACUCACUAGCAACAGAGAACAUGACACUAAGGUCGGAGCUGAACUUGCUAAAUGAGAAGUCAGAGAAACUACGGUUGGAGAAGGAAGAGUUACUGGAAAAACUGGGAGCAGCGGAGGGGAGGGGAAAGACAGAGAACCUUAUAUCUAGAGUUGAAAACAACGAAGGAGGUGGAUCAGGAGGGGAGACAACAUAUGAGAAGACCUCGAAGAAGGUGAAACAUCAACUCGUGGACUUGAGCCAUCCUGUGGCUGCUAGCUGACCAGAACCGGCUUCUCUCUCUGCUCGUUGUCGGGAGGUGGGGGAUUCCGAUAAUCUAAUUAACCUCUGAUGAUGCCUUCAGGGAAUUUUUAGACUGCAAGGUAAAAAGGUGUGCAUUGUGCUGCAAUAAUCGAUGUAAAACAUUAAUGGGAAGGUGUGGGACUCUGCCCCCUUCCCCUUCUUUAGGCAAACUUAGCUGAUACGGGGGAGAUCGAGAGACAUUUUAUAUUUAAUGCCGGAACUCUCGUCACUUCGUCGAGCGUGUAUUAGAGUUGAUAACGACUUCAACCCUCCGCCAUUUAAUGAUGUUUUCUUUUAUGUAAUCUUUGAUUUUAAA